AUGACGAUGAUGAGUGAUCUUCUUUCGCAGGAUUUGGUAGAGGAGAUACUGUGUAGGGUUCCGAUAACUUCUCAGUGAACAGUGAGAUCCACUUGCAAAGGAUGGAACGCAUUAUCCAAAGAUCUGAUUCUCUGUAAAUCAGAAGAAGCAAGGCAUCGGUUUCUAGGGUUCAUGAUGAAGAAGUAUAAGCUUUGUUAUCUUCAUGGAACCUUCAACGAAGAAGGAGCUAACGAAUUCGUGUAUCCAUCUAUAAAGGAGUUAGGUAAUUUAUUUAAUCAAGUCAAGAUAUCUAGAGUUUUUCAAUGCGACGGGUUAUUGUUAUGCAUGACCAAAGAGGACAACACUAGGCUCGUGGUAUGGAACCCUUAUUUGGGUCAAAUCAGGUGGAUCGAAUUCAACAACACUUACCACAGCAGCUAUGCUAUCGGAUACGACAAUAACCGAAAUCACAAAAUCUUGAGGUUUGUGGAUUUUUACGACUCUAAAGUUAAGCACAAAUUUCUCGAGUACGAAAUAUACGAUUUUAGCUCUAAUUCAUGGAGGGUUCUUGAUAUCACUCCCGAUUGGGAAAUAGAGUCUUAUCAACGUGGUGCGUCUUUGAAAGGAAACACUUACUUUAUUGCCAAGGAAAAAAUAAUAUUCGAAGAGGAUGGAGAGUAUCCAGAGCCGCCAGAUUAUUUACUCUGUUUUGAUUUUACGACGGAGAGCUUUGGACAGUUUCUUCCUCUGCCGUUUGAGCACUAUCUUUACGAUGCUGGAGCUCUCUCUUCUCUUGGAGACGAGAAACUCGCGGCAUUAUUUCAGACCAAUGCAGUGUCGUGGAAUCCUUUUUUAAAAGUUGAUAUGAAACCACAUUGUAGUUUUGGUUUUCAUUUUCACUAUGACGGUGGCAGUUUCUUCAUUGACGAGGAGGAGAAAGUCGGUGUUGUUAUUCAUUUUGACGCAUCUGAAAUGACCCGCUACGAGGACGCAGCUUACAUCAUUGGAAAGAAUGGGUACGUUAAAAAAGUGCGUCUAGGAGAAGCUCCUGCGAAUCAAGGAGGAUCUCUCAACUUCAAGUAUUGUUGCCCACUUGUGUGUUGUAGCUCUUAUGUUCCAAGUUUAGCACAAAUCAACCAAAUUACAGGAUUCGAAAAGGAAAGAGAGAUGAAGAGGAAGCGAACUAACGAGCACAAAGAA